UUCGUCCUGGAGUUCCCCUCACCGCAUUUGCUUGUGGACGUCAGCGAUGGUACCACGCCAAACACCCUUCCAGGCAAGACUAUGUUCAAGCCCGUUCGCCCUUACGGGUCCAAUUUUGAAUGCGCUGACAAUACGAUGGAUAGCAUACACGAUACAAGAACAAAGGAAGGCGUUUGGUCACCGGACAUAGAGGAAAGUUUUUUUGAAGCACUUACUGUCUAUCCACCUUGUGGACGCCGAAAGAUUAUACUCUCCGAGGAGCACAAAAUGUUUGGUCGGAACGAGUUGAUUGCUCGGUAUAUAAAACUGCGAACCGGAAAGACGAGAACGCGCAAACAGGUCUCAAGCCAUAUCCAAGUUCUUGCACGAAGAAGUGGAAGAACCGCGGCACCAAUGCGAAACAUUCAAACAUCUUAUCUUCCUUCACUGGGAAGGGUGCAUUUCAGUAACGGAGUAACAAACGGUGAGAAGAGAAUAUCAUCUUCUUCACAAAAUUGUGGCGGUUUACGCUGUGGUUGUACAUGA